GCGGGAGCCUCAGCCUCAGUGUCCACCGCGCCCCCCGGAAGCGGAAACAGAAUCCCAGCGUGCCCCUUCCUCACUGCCCUCCAAAUCCCGCUGCAGCCAUUGCCGCAACCACGAUGCCGAAACGAAAGAAGCAGAAUCAGCAGCAGCAGCUGCAGCAGCAGCCCCCACUGCCAGAGCGGGAUGAGACUGGAGACGAGGAGGAUGGGAGCCCCAUCGGACCACCCAGCCUUCUGGGCCCUCCCCCCAUGGCCAAUGGAAAGCCUGGUGACCCCAAGUCAGCUUUUCACAGAGGUCCUCCGGGAUCAAGGGGACCAAUGAUCCCACCACUGCUGAGUCUCCCACCUCCUCCCCGGGGCAGAGGCCCAAUUCGGGGAGGCCUAGGCCCCAGGUCUGGCCCAUAUGGUCGUGGUUGGUGGGGGGUCAAUGCCGAGCCUCCUUUUCCUGGACCAGGCCACGGGGGUCCCUCCAGGGGAGGCUUUCACAAAGAACAGAGAAAUCCUCGAAGGCUCAAAAGCUGGUCUCUUAUCAAGAAUACCUGCCCACCCAAGGAUGGACCCCAGGUUAUGGAAGACAAAUCUGACCGCCCCGUCUGCCGACACUUCGCCAAAAAGGGCCACUGUCGAUACGAGGACCUCUGUGCCUUCUACCACCCGGGCGUCAACGGGCCUCCGCUGUGAGGCCGCCUCCCCACCCAGACUGGAAGGGGUCCCCGGCCUGGCGGCCACGUUCUCCCCUGCAGCCCUGUGCUGGCCACCAUGAGGCUGUUGCUCGCACCACCCCCAGUCAGUGACGCCCACCCCCUCACCGCCCCCUCCCACUGGGGGUCCAGAGUUGUGUUCCAUGACUGGUGUGCGGCGUGCACUCUUCUGAUCCAGCCUCCAGAGACGUCUCCAGGACCAUCACUGCUCCAUUCAACUGCCUCCUGGCUCCUCUUCCCCCUCGCCGGCUGACUGCGGAACAGGAAACCUCUUUGGUGCUGUUUCUUGUGCAUCUGUCCACCCAGCCCCGGGUAUCGCCCUGGAUUCCUGAGAGCCCUGGAGCAGUUUCCUACCAUUCCCUCCUCGCUGCUUGUUUUUAAGUCCUUUUCGUGUGACACCCCUGCCCCAGCGUGAUCAGCGGCCCUGUGACGCUCACCCAGUCGGCUGACCUGGGGUCAAGUGCGGAUGACUGGUGCAGAGUCAGUCCCUGAGAGGCCACGCUCCCCUCUCUUGGAUCUGGUAGUUCCUGCAUCAGUAGCAUGAUCCCCACCGCUGUGGUCUGUGGUCACUGUGCUUUGUGAAACUCUGCAUUCCCCUGCCCCCGACCCCCGUAGCCUUUCUCAGUGUCCGUGGCAUUUUCGUGACUUCCCAACACUAGAGUAGGUUUUUCCGCCAAAAUGGGUGGGGCCAUUGGUGCCCCCUAGACUUUCCCCACUUCCCAACGAGGAAGAACUGUGAAACUUCACAAGACCGCCUCCCUGGUCGUCUCACCCUUCCCGUGUCGGUUUCUCGGGAUUGACACAGGCCCGAGCGAUGUCGUCCAAAGGCUCAGAUGGGCCUCUCCUCUCUCCAGCCCAUUUUAGUUAGACUGCAUCAUUGUGAGGCCACCAGCCGUUUCAUUUGAAUUCUGUGAAUCUCCACCUGGCCAGUGGGUGGAACUCGGACAGUACUGUCGCCCUCUUCCAACCUUCUUCCCCUGUAUCCCUGGCACUGGUUGUUUUCUGUGAAAACGGCAGUGAACAGUUUCAGUUUUGAACUGGCCCUGAGGAAAUGGGUCAGGAGUUGUGUGGGCAAGAGGGAGGGAUGAGAGCUGUUGGAGAACUGAGAAUGAAUUUUUUUUUAACAUUUUUUUAUAUUAGUAAUAAAUGCAGUGGAAACAA